GAAAGGGCAAAACCCGGCGUGUUCGGUGACAGACUCCGGCGCGGACUGAGCCUCUUCUGCGGCCUCUUUCCCCCACCUCAUCCAACACGACUGCUCACUCCGGAGCGGCCGCAGUGGGAGACACCCCAAGGGUGGCAAGUGCGCGAGCUGAGGGAGCGAGGACGCCGAGAGCCGUGGUGCAAGGAGUGGGCCCGCGACCGAGCUCGGAGAGGGGGGCGCGUGCAAAGGGCUGAGGGGCCUUGAACCCUGCGAAGAGGCCGCGUGGAGCCGAGCAGGAAUUGGAGCGCCCUGCGGGCGGGGCUCGCGCUAGGAGUGGUCAGAGAGGCGAGGCUUUAAAGGGAUGCCCUCCGGGAACUGGGAAUAGCUGAAUUCGGGGGCGGGAGCUGAAGAGCAGAGGACUCUUGGAGACCACAGAAAGCGAAAGCUGUCAUAAAGUUUCCCUUCAACUCUGUUUGUCUCUCUCCACCUCAAACUCCAUCCCCCGGCCCCCACCCCGAGGCAAAAGGAAGUACAGUUUGCUCUUUCCACUCAAUAAAUACUAAUUUGUACCUUUCCACCCGGAAAACAGAACUCUCUUCCUAAUUUUAGAGCUUAGAGAACUCAAGGCCUCCCAACUUGGUUGUUAGCCCGGGGGAAUCAAAACACGUGUAUUGCUUGUUUCCCCCUUUUCCAAAUUCUGUACCUCGUUCUACGUGGGACACUAUGUCUGCCAACAACUGUACUUUCAAGGACCGAUGCGUGUCCAUCCUUUGUUGCAAAUUCUGUAAGCAAGUUCUCAGUUGUAGGGGAAUGAAGGCUGUUUUGCUGGCCGAUACUGACAUAGACCUUUACUCUACAGACAUCCCUCCUACCGACACCGUGGAUUUCAUUGGAAGAUGCUAUUUCACUGGAAUCUGCAAAUGUAAACUGAAGGACAUCGCAUGUUUAAAAUGUGGGAAUAUUGUAGGCUAUCAUGUGAUCGUUCCAUGUAGUUCCUGCCUUCUUUCCUGCAACAAUGGACACUUCUGGAUGUUUCACAGCCAGGCGGUUUAUGGUAUUAACAGACUAGACUCCACUGGUGUAAACUGCCUACUUUGGGGCAACUUGCCAGAGACAGAAGAAUGUACAGAUGAAGAUAUGUUAGAAAUUUCAGCAGAAGAGUAUAUUCGAUGAAUGGAUUAUGAUGGAUAUGUAAUGUUUUAUAGUUUUUCUAUUUAAUUGGUCAAUUUUAACAUUGCCAAUAAAGAUUUGCCAGUGGUUUAAAAAAUGGA